GCGACGCACAGUUCACCAUUCAGACUCAUUCGUCGCUCGCGUAAGGUUGUAACGGCGACAAACGGCAAAAUAAUUCUGCGCGCCUCAUUCAAAAAGGCAACGGGAACACAUUCUAACUGGCAAGCAAGUGCGUGCUUCGCUGCGUGGGUGCUUAGGUGUGAGCGCGAGUGAGAGAGUCCGUGUUUGUUUUACGAUUCCAAGCGAGAUAGAAAUAGCAGCUGCCAGGCUGUUGUGUUUGCUAAACAAAUAACGGAAAAACAAAUACAAGGCAGCAGCAGCAUAUUCGAAUUUUUGGAAGCAGCACGCAAAAUGUGUUGUCAAAUGUUCCAAAACGGCGUGUAAUAUGUAAUUAAAAAAAAUUAUUUAAAAAUAUUGCUAAAAAAAAAAAAAACUGAAUGAAACGUAGAGAGUGAAGCAACGGAAAAAGAGAAAAGAACAGAGAAGAUGUUGAUUGAGUGCAUUUCGCGAGACAUUCCUUGAAACGAAGAGAUCCAAGAGAACCAGAUACCCAGAGACCCAGAGAAUCGAACUUAAUCAACGAAAAUAGAAAACAGAAGCUCACCGUUCAAAAGAAACCCACCGAGUUAAGAGUGAUUUGGAUCGAGCAGUAGUAGCAGCAGCAGCAGAAGAAGCAGCAGCAAAUGAACUUCAAUCCUGCCAGCGUUGUAGCCGCAGCAGCAGCAGCCGUCCACAGCACCACGCAUCUCCUUCCUUUGCCCACGUUUCGGAGCUCCAACGCCCACGCCGCAGCAGCAGCGGCCGCAAUCAGCAUUGGUGUGGCGGGCGUCGGUGGCGAAAUCUCACCAAAAAUCAUGGAAUGGACCAACGACGAUGCACUCGAGCUCAUCGAACAGUACCGCUGCCACACAGAGCUUUGGAACCGGGCCGAUCCCAAGUACAAGGACAAAUUGUGCCGCUUCCGAGCGUGGUCCGAAAUAGCCGAGCGAUUCGGGUGCAGCAAGGCUGAGGUGGAGCGAAAAAUGAAUGUCCUGCUCACUCAAUAUCGCCGCGAGAAGCACAAGAUGUUUGUGAAAAUUUAUCAGGGCAUUCAGCCCAAUCCGUCCAAGUGGUAUGCCUUCAAGCGGUUCGAUUUCAUGGAGGCUGGCGGCGGCAGUCUCAGCGGCCUGUCGAGUGGCAGUAGCAGCGGUGGCGGCGGUGGCAGCAGUAGUGGUGCAAAUGCGACCACUGGGGGCACACACAAUGGCCUAAAUGGCUUGGCGGCGGCCGCUGUGGCAGCGGCUGCCUAUGAGAGCAGCACUAUGGCGGCAGCGGGCAAUGGUGGUGCGACGGGCGGCACCGCCAGUGGUGGUGCUACAACAACAACAACACCAUCGGGCCAACAUAGACGUAUCAAGACCAAAGAGCUGAAAUAUUUUGGCGCGAUGGGCCUCAACAUACCCAUGCUGAUAGCGAGCAGCCAGACGAUGGACAGUUGGAACACUGGUGGUCAGUACUCGCCGCCGAACUCUGGCGCGAAUAGUCAACUACGUGUACCUCUGCCCAUGGCCUAUGGCGGUGGCGCGGCGACUACUCCGGGUGCCAAUCUCUAUGGCGGCAGCAGUGCCGGUGGCGGCGGUGGCAGCAGCAGCAGCGACUUUCAUCCCAGUCCACAUAAGACCAUGGAUACGUCCGAUAACGAGGACAACAACAACAAGGAGGAAGUAGUGCUGGGUACACUAUCCGCGAAACUGGAGCGUCGCACACCAUUGCCAAACGUGGUUGGGGGCAGCAGUGGCGGUGGGGGCGGUGGUAGCAGUACUCGCGAUGCCGCUGAGCUUGGUGGCAGUGAUGCGCUAACAUCCGCCGCUGGAGCAGCUGUCAGCGAAGCCGGUUCUAGUCCCAUACCUAACACUAACACGCACGAGGCGCACAAGAUCGCCCACGCGCAUCAUCACCAUCAUCGGCAGCAGCUAUCGAGUCCCUCGGCGCGCUCGUCCACCCCCCGAAAUGCGCACGAGCAGCAACACCACCAUCUGCCUUCCCACCACACCCUAACGCAUCCGCCACACCCGCCACUCCCACACCCGCACCAUCAGCAGCAGGAUGACUUGGACAUCAAGCAGGAGUUAGUCGACUAUUUUCACGGGGCGCCCUCAGCACCAGCUCCUGCGCCCCCUGACUCUCAUCGUUCCUAUAGCUCUGCAGAAGAGAGUCGCCUACAUGUUGCAGCGGCAGCGGCAGCAGCAGCAGCCGGCAGCGAAGUGGACUUUGUUCAGGAUCUGCGCGUUACAGCUGCAAACAAAGCGGGCGCGCCUGGCCUGAACUUCAGUCACUUCGUGCUGCCUCCACAUCGGCGGUCUAACAGCGGUGAUUCGCUCCUGGAGGAGAAGUACGCCACGGCCAUGCCACUGAAUAUGCGAAAAUUGAAUGCGGCCGCAGCAGCCGCUGCUGUCGGCGGAAGCGCCGCAGGCAAUCUACUCAUGAACUCGCUGCUAUCCUCGCGCGACAGUAUUUCAGAUGCGGACAAUGACGAGGCCACCGAAUCGGCAGCCAGUCCGGGUCACAUAAAGAGUAGUGCUUCCGCGCAAGGCGAUGCCUCUUCGGCGGCGGCGGCUGCAGCGGCCGCCCUCUAUGCCGAGAGUCUGAGUCGUGACGAUUACGACUUUAUUGGAUCGAAUGUGUCCCUCAAGCUGCGCAAUAUGGAUCGUACACAAAGGAUUAUUGCCGAGAAGCUUAUCAGCGAGGUGCUCUACUAUGGACAGUUCAAUGAGUUGGAGCGUACAGCACGCAUUCAGCCCAAGUGACAUUGGUGAUUGUCGUUGCUGGGCCAGCGG